GUGUGAGACACAAGGGCCCCUCCCCUAUGAGUGUGACACGCCGGGGGCUGACGGGAGACUCAGGGCUCAGGUCUCACUCGGGUUCUGACUCUUCAGCUUCUCCCACUUGUUGCCGCGAAUAAUAAGAGAAAUCAGCGGCGGCUGCGCGGGGAGAGGAGCGGAGAGUCCUGGGGAGGAGGAGGAGGAGCCGCGGGAGGAGGAGGAGCCAGAGGGAGCGGAGCCGGAGCAGUGAGUCCCGGGCAGGAGGAGCGGAGAGUCCGGGAGAGAAUGCGGAGCGGGGGGUCGGCCCGGUGUCUCUCUCUGUUGGGUUUAUAAAGGGAACCCGAUUGUUUUAUCUACUCGCUCCGACCCCCGGGCACCAACAUGACUGAGACCCCCAGUGUGGCCCCCAAAUCUGUCCUGCAUACUGCUUUCCCUUCUUCCCCAUCUGUUCCGUCUCUUUUAGUCUCUUCUUCCUCCCACCAUGGAUCUCCAUUUGGCAUUGCCAGGGCUGUGCCAGCAUCGGGUACUUCGGGUGGUGGUGUCGGGGGCAGUGGGAUGAGGCUGGAGGCAGUUAUGGAGAACCUGCAGCGGCAGCAGUCGGCCCGUUUGUUGGUUGAGGAGAAGCUGAGGCAGGAGAAGGAGUUGAGGUGUCUGGUGGAGUCCAGGAUUCAGCAGCAGGCAAUUGCCAUACGCCAGUACCAGGCGGCAGCAGAGACAACUUCCCCUUCCUCUAUGAACCCUACUAACAGCUCCACCCCCAGCCCCGCCCCCUCCCACAACCGUCCCCCACUUAUAUUUCCCAGGACACAAGGGAAAGGGUCGGAAGAGGAGGAGCAAAUGCACAAAAGUGAUGGGGAGGAGGAGAUGGAUUAUGAAGAGGAGUUGGAUGAUGAGGAAGGGGAGGAGGAGGAGGAUGAAGAUGGGGAGACAGCCUCUAAUAUCCAGCUGCAAGGAUCACCCAGCAAAGGGGGGCCCAGAAUUGGCCACUCCCAGGUGCCAAACACCAGUAACCCCGGCCAAUCACAGGCUCUCUCUCCUGGCGCUGGACAGACAGGACACCAUGAUUGGACAUACGAGGAGCAGUUUAAACAGCUCUAUGAGCUCGACGAGGACCCCAAGCGCAAGGAAUUUUUGGAUGAUUUGUUCAGCUUCAUGCAGAAGAGAGGGACCCCAGUGAAUCGCAUUCCCAUCAUGGCUAAACAGGUGCUGGACCUCUACUCGCUCUACAGACUGGUCACCGACAAGGGGGGGUUGGUGGAAGUGAUAAACAAGAAGAUCUGGAGGGAGAUCACUAAAGGCCUGAGUCUCCCCACCUCCAUCACCAGCGCUGCCUUCACCCUCCGAACCCAAUACAUGAAGUACCUGUACCCCUAUGAAUGUGACAAGAGGGGGCUCAGUUCCCCGGGGGAGUUACAAUCGGCCAUCGACAGCAAUAGGAGAGAGGGGCGCAGGCAGAGUUUUGGCUCAGGACUCUUCAACUACUCCCCAGUGGGAACCCCCAAUGUCUUGUCCUCCCCAAAGAUCAACAUGACCUCUCUGUCUGUCUCAGACCACAAUGGGGGCCACAUCAACCAUCUCAGCCCAAUGAAAAAGGAAGAUGAAGUCCACACUCUGGGGGCCCCGCAUCGUCUAGGGAUCCCCAUUACUUUGCCCAGUCAUCACGGAGCAGCAGCCCAAGCUGUGCAGGUUAUGCAGGCGGCCGCCCUGGAGCAACUGCGUGAAAAACUGGAGUCGGGCGAACCCCCCGAAAAAAAGAUGGCGCUUAUGGCGGAGGAACAACAAAGGAUAAUGCAGCGUGCCAUUCAGCAGAACUUACUAGCCAUGGCCGCCCAGUUACCCAUGAACAUCAAAAUCAACAGCCCAGAUGACAGACAAGAGGCUCAGAUGAACGUUUCUGCCAGAACCAUUAGCAGCAUCAACGUGUCCAUUGAAAUGAACGGACUUGUCUACACUGGGGUGCUAUUUGCCCGCAGACCAGUGGCACCAGCAGCGACUAAUGGAAGUGCCAGCAGCAACCAAGACCACUCCAGUCCAACCCCAGUCCAAAUCCAGCCGCCCUCAUCUUCAUCCCAAGGCCCAACACCACCCGGCUCUUCCCCUUGAGUCCAACUGACCUCCACCUGCCUCCAUCACCCUAAAGCCGACAUGUGACACCCUGGUACUUGAGGUUUCUCAGCAGUUGGACUGGGCACCCUUUCUGGUGGCUUUAUAUUGGACAAGAAAAUACCCACUGGGACUUGUAAGAAAACUUCCUCUUGUUAUAGCACAAUAUUUGGGAAAGUGGGAUCAGUCCUGCUGAGGAAGAAGCAGCGGCUGAUGGAAAAAUGGAGGAUGAUGAGCCACCUGACUGUACCCAAAGUUGUGCCCAGACAUUCUCAUGCCAGACACAGCUUCAUAUCACCCCAUGGGCUUCCCUACCUCUAACCCACCUGGAAUACAUGAGCUCCAGCUGAGUAUAAUUCCCAAUUCUCCGGCCCAGACAUGGGCACCACAAAUCAAUCACCUCCAGCUGUGGGGGACCAUGGAGAAGACUUGAGGUUCCUUGUUCUACCCCCGCACAACAGAGAUGGAACUGACCUGUAGCUUCUACCAAAGAGUUAAUUUAUUCAGUGGUGACAUAUGGAGUAGAUUAGACUUGGGUUGUGUUUGUUGUGUCUCAAUCUAUAGCUGCAAAUGGAAAUGUAUCGUUGGAGGGAGCUGGUGUUACACAAGGUGUUGCCCGGCCGUCUGUACAAGGGACGUUGCUUUGCUCGUGAGCAGAUCCAUCUGGGAGGGGGGCACUAAGGUUCCUGUUGCAGACACCCCAGUGUUACUUGGAGCCGGUCUCCAUGACAAUAGCAAAUAAAAUAAGAGAGAUAUUUCAUAUUAAUGCCAAUCAUGGGGCACAGAGGCCACACCUAGAAUAGAUUGGGUGCCAUCCAGAAAUGAGCAACAAACCUACUAAAACAGGGAAAGGGAUAAAGACCAGAACCCUAAAAAAGACCAGAACCCAUUACCCUUAAGUGCUGCCAAUGGGAAGAAGACGAGGCCCAGAUACAAGUGAGUCUGCCCAGGUUGCUGGAUAGGCUCUAGUUGGGCACCAAUAGGGCUCAUGCCCCCCACACAGGUCAAUGAAUCAUUUAACCCUUCCCUCCCAGCGGAUCUUGCCCAUGACUCUUGCGACGUCAGCCUUAGGAUUGGCCCCUCGUACCUCACCCCAAUGUCUCUCUCUCCUUCCGACGCUCUCGUUACAGGACAUCACUGGAUUUCUCAAUGUUUCUACCAAAGAAGGGAAUUGGGGAGUCAUGUCUACCUCACGCGUGUAUCUAUUUAUAGUGGGAUAUACACAGAUGUAAUAUCUACAGGGAGAGGCGUUGCUAUAUCCUAGCAACGCCUCUCCCCCAAUGGGAACAAUGUUUCAUGAAGAAGGGGGGUUGUAGGUGUAAGAACAAGCGGGGAUUUGGGGGUCUAACCAGUGGGAAAUCAAUUUGGAAUCAUUGGGAACCCUCCCCUUGGCCAAGGUGUACAGAGAUGAACUGGGCUCUAAAUUCAGCUUUUACUGCAGGACCCCUGAUAAGAAAAACAAAAAUGUCUGAGCACCUUCUGGAAAUGCUAAAAUAUAAUCCUGUGGCCCCUUGACUGGGGUGCACUUACCCCAAAAUCCACCUACACUCUCAUAGUCAGCAUCACUACUAGGGGUUAUCAUACAGGGGAUCUAAGGCAGCCCAUCCCAGUCUGGUGUAAAGGGGCCCCAAUCUUUCAGCCCAAAAGGUAUAAUGGGGCCCCUUCUAACCUGGAAGAUGUUAUUGGACCCCUAAUCUUCCAGCCUGAAUGGUACAAGGAAACCCCUAACCUUCUACCCUGAAAGGUGUAAUUGGGCCCCUCAGCCUCAGAGGUGUAAAGGGAGCCUUAAUCUUCCAUCUCUAGCGGUAUAAGGGGGUCCCUAAUCUUCUACCUUGAGUAAUGUAAGGCGCCCCUUGUGCCAGCCUGUGAGGGGUCCCCAAACUUCCAGGCCCAUGGUGUAGAAUGAGAGGUGAGUGGAGCAAAGCCAAUGUUGAUGCCUGAAGGCCCGUGGGCCUCUUUAUCCGUUGGUUUUGUACGGAUCAGCGCACACAGAUUUAGGGGUACACAAGUGUAUAAUGUAUGUGUAUUGGGGUCCAGUUUCUCUCUUGUGUAUAAUAAGGAAUUGAUUGUAUCAGACAGACCAAGGCUCUCACUCCCCCUUUUGUCUCUCAGUUUCUGGGCUUUGGUUCUGUUGUGCCAAGACAGUUCCAGCUUUUGCCCAAGUCAAUGUAAUGCUUUAGUACCUCCUCCUCCUCUCAUUGGACCUUCGCUCAUUCACAAGGACAUGUAGCCGACCUAUCACAGCUCUCCUUUGGCUAAUGGCAGAACUCUGGUACCACCAGACUGGUUAAUCCGAGAGGAAUUACUUUGUACCGAACAACAACGCUGCACUUGGCUCCACAUCAAGUUUUGGGGGAAAAAGAUUUAACGAAUGAUUUAAUUAAUUAUUAAUUGUAUUUUUUUUACUGUGUAUUGGGCUGUUCGAUUGGCAUGGCUUUGCUCUUUGCCUUCACUUCUUGGCUUUGCUCUGUGUCUGUGGAAUCUUCUGCAGGAUUCACCCUCAAUCCUAAAUAUUUCCCGUCCCCCCCCCGACACUAGACUAGAAAUAUGUGCUGUGCCCCCUAAAUCUGAAGGUUUCAUGAAGCCCCACCUUCUGCUCCCAUGACACCUCCCUGUACGGCUGCUUCUAAUUGGACUCCUGUUUAGUGAUUAGUAGGUCCGACUCUAAGAAGAUUUUCCCAAAGGUCGAAAUAUUUCCAGAAAACCUGCAAUGCAGCUCCGCCCUUUUUCCUUAAAUGUGUCCAAUGAAUCCAGUGCAUUCGGUGCUGGCGCUGGACUUGGUCCAAACCAAAGAGAAACUGAGAAUAAAAACGG